AACGUGACGUUCAAACUUAAACCCCCCAAUAUCUUUUCGAGAUAUUUACUAUAAGUAUAUGCUACAGAACAGGUCAUAUCAAGAUAUCCUUUUUUUCUUCUGUUUUGUUAUAAAACUAUUGCUUUUGUUUCUGAGUUUUUUAAAAAUAAAAAUCGAAUCACGAUGUUAGAUCCUUCUUCAGCUAAAUCCUGCAAUACUAGUAGCCAUUUGUGUUUUCCAAGUAUUCCUAAUGACGACCACUCAGAUUCCGGCGUCUGUUCGCCUACUCUGUGGAGAAACAGUCCUCCGAGGAGUCCUUUUCACCGGCCGGAAGAUUACUGGAGCCUUUCUCCUGAUUCCAAAGCACAGGCUAUUGCUCGUGGUCAAAGGGAGCUUAUGGAUAUCGUUAGUAAGAUGCCCGAGUCGUGUUACGAGCUUUCGCUGAAGGAUCUUGUUGAAGUGAAGGUGAGCCAAGAGAAUGAACGGAAAGUGUUCGAUGAAUUGCCUAAGAGAAUAGAUAAGCCGAGUAAAGUUGUGAAGAAGAUGAAGAGUGAUAAACGGAUUGAUCCGAAUCGGUCUGGAGGAGGAGAUAAUGGUGGGUUUCUUCUCAAAAUGAUGUUUCCGGUUAGCUUAGGAUCUAAUACGACAAAUACGAAGAAGAAGAAGAAGACGAAGAAGAAGAAGGGGCAGGAUACGAUUAAGGAUUCUCAGGUUUCACCGAGACCUUCUAUCUCUGAUGAGCCUGUGAGAGCAGAGGAUAAAGAGUGGUGGAAUAAAAUGUCUGAAGCGAGCACUAAGAGGAGCGGUAGUAGCAGUAGCAACAGCAGUAUUAGGAGCCGAAGCAGCCUAAGGGAUAAAAAACGUAGCUGCUUGCCUUUUCUCUGGAAGAUACAUUCAAGAGACUGAGACAAAGCUUCUUUGGCUUAAGAACCAGAGCUAGAUUACACAACACUCGAGUUUGUGUUUGCAGUCUAUAAAAUCUUGGGAGGGAAUGGUUUAGAGAACGAACAGGACACGAAGAUUAUCACUUUCCUGAUAAUUUAUUCCUAUUUUAUUUUUUUGCUUCUGUAAGCCUAUGCAUCGAAGUUUUAGUAAUGUAAAUAGAGAUUAAUGUGCACUGAUUAGUCUUCAACUCUGUGAUUUUGAAUUCGAAUGUAUAGUGUAUAGCUUUUGUGUUUAGGAUCUACUUGAUUCUUUUUACCUUUACUUAUCAAAAAGCCUAGUAAAGCUACAUACAAUAAUCUUUGCCUUAAAA